CAUGACUUCAUCACAGCACAUCCAUCUCUCACAGUCACAGUCACACACUCCGUACAGCGAUGGCGAGGCUAGUCGGGGUGCUGUGCGCCCUGCUCGCCGCCGCCACUGUCGCCGCGGCGGCGGCCGCCGAGACGGAGGUCCAGUCUUCCUACAUCGUGCACGUCGCGGGGGAGCACGCGCCCCGGUCGUCGCACCCGCGCUUGCUCGCCCGCGGGUACACCUCCUUGCUGCGUGACAGCCUCCCGGCGAGCAUCUCGCGGCCGGCGCCGAGGCUGCUCUACUCGUACGCGCACGCCGCCACGGGCUUCGCGGCGCGGCUCACGGAGCGCCAGGCUGCGCACCUCGCGUCCCAGCCUUCCGUGCUCGCCGUCGCGGCGGACGGGAUCCGGCAGCUGCACACCACGCUGACGCCCUCCUUCCUCCGCCUCUCGACCUCUUCGGGGCUGCUCCCGGCGUCCAACGGCGCCACGGACGUCGUGAUAGGCGUCCUCGACACCGGCAUCUACCCCGAGGACCGCGCCUCCUUCGCCGCUGACCCGUCGAUGCCGCCGCCUCCCAGGAGGUUCCGCGGCAGCUGCGUCUCGACGCCGUCAUUCAACGCCUCGGCCUACUGCAACAACAAGCUCGUCGGCGCCAAGUUCUUCCACGAAGGGUACGAGGCUGCAUACGGCAACCGGCUUGACGAGACAGAGGACCCCAGGUCGCCGCUCGACAGCAACGGUCACGGGACGCACACCGCCUCCACCGCCGCCGGCUCGGCAGUGGCGGGCGCCGCCUUCUACAACUACGCCAAAGGCAAAGCAGUCGGCAUGGCCCCGGGCGCGCGCAUUGCCGCCUACAAGGUCUGCUGGACAAAUGGAUGCGCGGACUCUGACAUCCUAAAGGCGUUUGACGAGGCCAUCAAGGACGGGGUCGACGUCAUCUCCCUCUCCCUCGGUGCCGUGGGUGAGCCGCCAAACUUUCAUGAAGAUCAGAUAGCCAUAGGCGCGUUCAACGCCGUCCGCAAGGGCAUCGUUGUCUCUGCCUCCGCGGGGAACUCGGGCCCCGGCGAGUACACCGCCAAAAACAUCGCGCCAUGGUUUAUCACGGUCGGUGCGUCAACCAUCAACCGCCGGUUCCCGGCGACCGUCGUCCUCGGCAACGGCGAGACCUUCACCGGCUUUUCACUCUAUGCUGGAGCGCCGCUCAGUGAAGCCAAGAUACCGCUAGUGUAUGGCGGGGACGUGGGCUCGGAAGUCUGCGAAGCUGGGAAGCUCAACGCCAGCUUGGUAGCCGGGAAGAUCGUGGUGUGCGAUCCGGGCGUGAACGGUCGGGUAGAAAAAGGAGAAGUUGUGAGACUUGCCGGAGGAGCCGGGGCAAUCCUCGUCGGCAACGAAGUGUUCGGUGAGCAGGUCAUCACCAGCCCGCACAUCCUUCCCGCGACGGCCGUCACGUUCGCCGCUGCCGAGAAGAUCAAGAAGUACAUGAGGACGAAGAACGCGUCCCCCGUCGCGACGAUCGUGUUCCAAGGCACGGUCGUCGGCCGGAAACCUUCUUCUCCAAGAAUGGCGUCCUUCUCGAGCCGGGGCCCGAACUUCCGCGCGCCGGUGAUCCUCAAACCGGACGUCACCGCCCCUGGAGUGGACAUCCUUGCAGCCUGGACCGGCGCGAACUCACCCACGGAGCUCGACAGCGACAAGAGGCGUGUGCACUUCAACAUCAUCUCCGGCACCUCCAUGUCGUGCCCGCACGUGAGCGGCAUCGCCGCGCUGCUCCGGCAGGCGCACCCGGACUGGAGCCCCGCCGCGAUCAAGUCCGCGCUGAUGACCACCGCGUACAACGUGGAUAACGCCGGCGACAUCAUCAGGGAUAUGUCCACCGGCCAGGCGUCCACGCCGUUCGUGCGCGGGGCCGGCCACGUAGACCCCAACCGCGCCGCCGACCCGGGCCUCGUGUACGACGCCGGCGCUGACGACUACAUGUCCUUCCUCUGCGCGAUCGGUUACACCGACGAGCAGAUCGCCAAGUUCACGACGAAAGGCGACCCGGCGGUGAACUGUUCGACGAGAAGGGCCACCGCCGGCGACCUCAACUACCCGGCCUUCUCGGUGGUGUUCGUCAACUCCACCAAGAACGAGGUCACGCAGCGCCGCGUCGUGCGCAACGUCGGGAGCAACGUCAGGGCCAAGUACAGGGUCGCCGUCACCAGGCCGGCCGGCGUGCGUGUCACGGUGAAGCCACGGAUUCUGAGGUUCAACCGACGGCAGCGGACGCAGGAGUAUGCGGUGACUUUUAUGCCAUUGGUGGGGGCGAACGUGACCGAGAAGUACACGGACGGGUCGAUCGUGUGGAGCGACGGGAAGCACAGGGUGACGAGCCCCCUGGCCAUCACAUGGCCUGUAAGCCAAGUAGCGGCGAUGUGAUGUGUGUGUCUGUGUCUUGUUUAAUUUUUUUGUAAGUCGCAGUUUAUGAAAUAAUAAGCUGGCCUCAUUUCAGCAUUCUUCCGUUU